AUGGCUUCGAAAGGACCGGUCGAGAGUUGGACCGAGGAGACAAUUUGUCCCGUCUGCCUGGAUUUCUUCACCGAUCCGGUUAUACUGGAGUGUGGACACAACUUUUGUCGCUCUUGUAUCACACGGUGUUGGGAAAGGGAGGAGAGAAACUCCUGCCCGGAAUGCAGAGAGGUGUUUGCUGACCGCACCCUCAGGGUGAAUCGGGCCUUAGCAAAUCUGGCUGAAAAAGCUCGAAAUCUAAACCUGAAUCCGAAAGGGAAGGAAGGUAAACGUCACUGCGAGGAACAUGAGGAAGAACUGAAGCUGUUUUGUGAAACGGACAAGACACUUAACUGUCUGAUCUGUGCAGUGGCGGAGGAACACAGAGAGCACCGCUUCAUGCCGAUUAAAGAAGCUGUUAAAAUCUACAAGGAUCAGCUAAAAUCUUCCUUAGACUCUCUCACAAAAAAGAAAUCAGACUUCCAGGAAAAGGAGCAGCAACAGAAAGAGAAGAUUUCCGGAGUUCGGAAACAGUCACACAGCGUUCAGUCCCACAUCACAUCCCAGUUUGCUGAACUGCGCCAGAUUAUCACUGAGAAAGAGCAGAGCUUACUCAGGGAUCUCAGGGAAGAAGAGAAGAGGAUUCUCAACCCAAUGGAGAAAAAUCUUCUUGAGAUUCAAGAGAAUAUAAGGAUUAUUCAGGAGGAAAUCUCAAAGUUAAACGAACAGAUGGAUCAAAAAGACAGUGUGAUGUUUCUCAAGGAGGAAGCUCAUCGAAACAGGAGAAUCAGUGAUGAUGUCCAGGAAUUGUCAGUGACAGAUGAGGCCCUACCGGUUGAAAAAUUCGAUCGCUUCUAUUUGUUGAACAUAGUGCUGAGAGAAACACUUGAUGCCAUUAACCGAGUCUCUGUCACCCUGGACGUGGAAACGGCGCAUCCGGAGCUCGAGGUGUCUGAGGAUCGGAAGAGUGUGAGAUAUACCGGGACCGGGACCUGGAGGAAUCUCCCUGACACCGGGAAGAGAUUCACAGGCUGGGCUUGUGUGCUGGGAUCGGAGGGAUUCACAUCGGGGAGACAUUACUGGGAGGUGGAGGUGACGGGGAAUCGGGUCUGGUAUUUGGGAGUCGCCGCAGAGUCUGUGCAGGGGAAGAAAUGUUUCAGUCUGAGUCCGGAGACCGGAUUCUGGGUCAUCAGGCGGGUUGGUGACGAGUUACAUCGGGAUUGUGACGUGUCCCGUCUCGCUGCCGGUCCCAUCCCCGGGAGGGUGGGAGUUUAUCUCAGUUACGAGUCCGGGACAGUUUCAUUUUACAACGCGGAGACCAAGUCCCAUCUCCACACCUUCACUGGGAAUAAAUUCACAGAGAAACUUUAUCCUUUCUUCCGGACGGUGGAUGGAAACCAGUGGCUGAGAAUCUGCUCCGGUUCCGCUCCGGGUCUGUAAACGGGACGGGUCCGGGGAUCGGCGUCAGGAGUAAAGUCCCUGUAAAUAUAAAUGUGCGGAGAGUGCAGCUAAAUACAUGGCUCAGGAGAUAGUACAGGAGGGAGGGCUUCAUGUUUCUGGACAAUUGGGCUUUGUUCCCGGGAAGGUGGGGCAUGUUCCGACGGGACGGUUUGCCCCUGAACUGGAAGGGGACUAACAUUCUUGCGGGUAGAUUUGCCAGUGCUGCUCCGGGGAAUUUAAUCUAAAUUCGCAGAGGGAGGGGGACCAGAGUGUUAGAGCAGAUAGUGAGGAGGAGGAGGAUAAGGAACAUGAGAGGACUGCAUGCAUAGACGGAAAUGAAAAAAAAACUUUAUGCAUGAUAUAAAUAUUCUCAGAUACAUCUAUUUCAAUGCAAGGAGUAUUGUAGGCAAGGCAGGUGAGUUUUGGGCGUGGGUUGGCACGUGGGAUUACGACAUUACUGCUAUUAGUGAGACUUGGUGGCAGGAGGGGCAGAACUGGCAGCUUAAUGUUCCGGUAAAAUUGGAGAAGGGCCAGAUUUUUUUUUCUCUGGCAAGGGUGUGUUCAGUAAAUUCAAAGGUGGAAUUUUGAGGGUGCGGAGUUUGCACGUUCCUGCCAGGGUUAAAGGCAAAGUUAACAGGCAUAGGGAACCUUGGAUUUCAAGGGAUAUUGGCGAUCUGAUUAAGAAAAAGAGAGAGGUGUAUAGCAGGUCGAGGCAACAAAGAGCAAAUGAGUUACUUAAAGAGUAUAGAAAACGUAAGAAAAUACUAAAGAAGGAAAUCAGGAAGGAAAAAAGACAUGAGGUUCCUUUGGCAGAUAAUGUGAAGGUAAACCCAAGGGAUUUCUACUAAUAUAUUGAGAGUAAAUGGAUAGUAAGGGACAGAAUUGUUCCCUGGAAGAUCAAAGUGUGGAGCUUCACGAGAUGGGGGGAGAUCUUAAACAGUUUUUUUUUGCAUCAGUAUUUACUCAGGAAACUGGCAUAGUGUAUAUGGAAGGAAGGGAAACAAGCAGUAGUGUCAUGGAACUUUUGUAGAUUAAAGAGGAGGAGGUGCUUGCUGCCUUACAGCGCAUAAAGGUAGAUAAAUCCCCCGGGCCUGACUUGAUAGUUCCUCGGACCUUGAGAGAGACUAGUGAAAAAAUUGCAGGGGCCCUGACAGAAAUAUUUAAAAUGUCCUCAGCCACGGGUGCAGUGCCGGAGGAUUGGAGGGUAGCUCUUGUUAUUCCAUUGUUUAAAAAAGGCUCCAAUAGUAAACCAGGUAAUUACAGGCCAGUGAGCCUGACAUCAGUAGUAUGUAAAUUAUUGGAAGGUGUUCUGAGAGAUCGGAUUUACAAGUAUUUGGACAGCCAAGGGCUGAUUAAGGAUAGUCAGUAUGGCUUUGUGCGUGGUAGAUCGUGUUUAGUGAAUGUUGUAGAGUUUCUCGAGGAGGUGACCAAGAAAGUAGAUGAAGGAAAGGCUGUGGAUGUUGUCUACAUGAACUUUAGUAAGGCCUUUGACAAGGUCCCACAUGGGAGGUUAGUUCAGAUGGUUCAGGCACUAGGUAUCCGUACAGAGGUUGGAAACUGGAUUUGAAAUUGGCUGUGUGGGAGAAGACAGAGAGUGGUAGUGGAUGAAUGCUUCUCAGACUGGAGGCCUGUGACUAGUGGUGUGCCUCAGGGAUCUGUGCUUGGACUAUUGUUGUUUGUUGUCUAUAUCAAUGAUAUAGAUGUGGUCAAUUGGAUCAGCAAUUUUGCUGAUGACACCAAGAUUGGAGGGGUUGUGGACAGCGAGGAAGGUUUUCAAAGCUUGCAGAGGGAUCUGGACCAACUGGAAAACUGGGCCAGAAAAUGGAAGAUGGAAUUUAAUGCAGACAAGCGUGAGGUGUUGUGUUUUGGAAGGACAAAUCGAUGUAGGACAUACACAGUGAAUGGUAGGGCACUGCGGAGUGCGGUGAAACAAAGGGAUCUGGGAGUUCAGGUACAUAAUUCCCGCAAAGUGGCGUCACAGGUAGACAGGGUUGUAAAGAAGGCCUUUGGCAUCCUGGCAUUCAUUAAUCAAAUUAUUGAGUGUCGGAGUUGGGAUAUUAUGCUGAGGUUGUAUAAGGCAUUGGUGAGGAAAAAUUUGGAGGAUUAUUUGCAUUUCUGGUCACCUGACUAUAGGAAGGAUAUCAGUAAGAUUCAAAGAUUGCAGAGAAGAUUUACUAGGAUGUUGCCAGGUCUUCAGGAGUUGAGUUACAGGGAAAGAUUGAACAGGUUAGGACUUUAUUCCUUGAAGCAUAGAAGAAUGAGGGGGGAUUUGAUAGAGUUUUACAAAAUUAUGAGGGGAUAUAGACAAUAAUUGCGAGUAGGUUCUUUCCACUUAGAUUAGGAAAGAUUAAUACAGGAGGACAUGGCUUCAGGGUGAAAGGGGAAAGGUUUAGGGGGAAUAUGAGGAGGAAUUUCUUCACUCAGAGAGUGGUGGGAGUGUGGAACGAGCUGCCAUCUGACGUGGUAAAUGCGGGCUCACUCUUAAGUUUUAAGAAUAAAUUGGAUAGAUACAUGGAUGGGAGAGGUUUGGAGGGUUACGGACUGGGUGCAGGUCAAUGGGACGAGCGGAAUAAAGUUUCCGCACAGACUAGAAGCACCAAAUGGCCUGUUUUCUGUGCUGUAGUGUUCUAUGGUUCUAUGGAGUGAAAUAAACACAGAUGAGAAUUAUCAACAAGUGGGGGCGGUGCUGACUGGAAAAGACAGUGAAGAUCGUUCAUUAAGUUCAUCUGCCAUUUCUUUGUCCCCCAUUACUACUUCACCAGCAUCAUUUUCCAGUGGUCUAGUAUCAACUCUCAUCUCCCUUUCACUCUUCAUGUAACUGAAAACAAAACUUUUAUAAUCCUGAUUUAUAUUAUUGGCCAGUUUGCCCUCACAUUUCGUCUUGACCAUUCUUAUGACUUUUUUCGUUGCCUUUUGUUGGAUUUUAAGAGCAUCCCAAUAAUCCAACAUCCCACUCACCUUUGCUACCUUAUAUGCAAAGAGACCUAGGAGUCCUAGUUCACCAGUCAAUGAAGGUGAAUGAGCAAGUGCAACAGACAGUGAAGAGGGCAAAUGGAAUGUUGGUCUUUGUUACAAGGGGAAUUGAAUACAAGAGCAAGGAUGUUCUUCUGCAUUUGUACAUUUGCCCUGGUGAGACCACACCUGGAAUAUUGUGUACAGUUUUGGUCUCCAGGUUUAAGGAAGGACAUUCUGGCAAUUGAGGAAGUGCAGCGUAGAUUCACUAGGUUGAUUCCUGGGAUGGCAGGGCUGUCUUACACAGAGAGAUUGGAGAGAUUGUGCUUGUACACGGUGGAAUUGAGGGGAUUGAGAGGGGAUCUGAUUGAAACGUUUAAGAUAAUUAAAGGAUUUGAUAGGAUUGAGGCAGGAAAUAUAUUCCAGAUGUUGGGAGAGUCCAGUACCAGAGGGCAUGGAUUGAGAAUAAGAGGUCAGUUAUUUAAAACAGAGUUGAGGAAGAGCUUCUUCUCCCAGAGAGUUGUGGAGGUGUGGAAUGCACUGCCUCAGAAGAUGGUGGAGGCCAAUUCUCUGGAUGCUUUCAAGAAGGAGCUGGAUAGAUAUCUGAUGGAUAGGGGAAUCAAGGGAUAUGGGGACAAGGCGGGGACUGGGUAUUGAUAGUGAAUGAUCAGCCAUGAUCUCAGAAUGGCGGUGCAGACUCGAGGGGCCGAAUGGUCUACUUCUGCACCUAUUGUCUAUUGUCUAUGUCAUUUCCUUAGGUUUAACACAAUUGCAUGCCUUUUCCAGCUCAAACUGUGAACUAAUUUAAAGUCAGUCCCAUACUUAAUAAAGUUUUUAUUUGAAAACUAU